AUGCUGUUGAAAUCUGUUUUGACCUCCGGUCUCCUAGCCCUUGCAGUGGGCUCGGAGACCGUCGCCGCAUCCAAGCAUGGUCGUUUUGCUGAGCACGCCCGUGCUCCGUUGGAGAACGCCAAGCGGGCAGCGGAGGCUGCUCAGGCGAAGCAUGUGCGAUCCGAAAAGGAUUUUCGAUUCUCGAACAAGAAGACUGAGAAGUAUCUGGUUAACCACUUGCCUGAUGUACCUUUCGAUAUCGGAGAGAUGUAUUCCGGCCUCAUGCCGAUUGACAUGAGUAAUAGCUCCCGGGCGUUGUUUUUCAUUUACCAACCGACCAUUGGAAAGCCUGUGGACGAGGUGACUAUCUGGCUGAAUGGUGGACCUGGCUGCAGUUCCAUGGAGAGCUUCCUCCAGGAAACCGGUCGUUUCCUGUGGCAACCUGGUACCUUUGCGCCAGUAGAGAAUCCAUAUUCCUGGGUGAACCUCACCAAUGUAUUGUGGGUCGACCAGCCGGUUGGAACCGGCUACUCUAUCGGUACACCAACUGCCACCACCCAAGAAGAAACAGCACAGGACUUUGUCAAGUUCUUCAAGAACUUCCAAAAGACCUUCGGUAUCAAAAACUUCAAGAUCUAUGUCACCGGUGAAAGUUAUGCUGGUCGCUAUGUCCCUUACAUCUCAGCUGCAAUGCUGGACGAGAAUGACAAGGAGUACUUCGACCUACAAGGUGCACUUGCUUAUGACCCAUGCAUUGGUCAAUUCGACUACGUCCAAGAACAAGUCCCAGUGGUGCCGCUCGUUCAGAAUAAUGCAAACCUGUUCAACUUCAACGAGUCAUUCAUGAACGAGCUCGAGCACUUGCACAAGACCUGUGGAUACAGCGACUUCAUCGAAAAGUACCUGACCUUCCCUCCACCCGAGGAGCAACCGACCAAGAUUUUCAACUACACCACAGACGCCAAGUGUGAUGUUUUCGACAUGGUUUACAACGAGAUCUUCAGCAUAAACCCAUGUUUUGAUCUGUACGAGAUUAACCUGAUGUGUCCCUUGCUGUGGGAUGUACUGGCCUUCCCUACUUCGCUCGUCUACCAGGCCGAAGGUUCGACCGUCUAUUUUGACAGGAAGGAUGUCAAGCAUGCCUUGCAUGCACCCAAUGUAACUUGGGCCGAAUGCUCAGCUGAGCCCGUUUUCGUGGGCGGCAGCGCAGGUCCUGAGCAAGAAGGUGAUACAUCAGCAAACCCUAUCGAAAAGGUUUUGCCUCAGGUGAUCGAGGCGACGAACCGUGUUCUCAUCAGCAAUGGCGAUUAUGACAUGGUCAUUAUCACCAAUGGUACACUGCUAUCCAUUCAGAACAUGACUUGGAAUGGCCACCUCGGAUUCCAGGAGAAGCCCGAAACCCCCAUCGACAUUGAAAUCCCCGACCUCAUGUACAAGAGUGUUUUCGAGGAAAAUGGCGCAUCGAGUCUUGACGGACCCCAGGGCAUCAUGGGUAUUCAGCACUUCGAACGUGGGUUGAUGUGGGCAGAGACCUAUAUGUCUGGCCACAUGCAGCCACAGUACCAGCCACGUGUUGCCUAUCGCCAUCUAGAAUGGCUACUCAAGCGGACUGACUCACUUUGA